AUGAUUUAUAGAAUUUUACUAAUACUAGUGUCUCUAUGGUGUACUAAUGGAAAAUCAGUUCUAAUGUUUUCAGAUGAAGACAUUAACUGUGGCUAUAAGGCUUGUCAUCCUAUAAAAGAAGGCCGCAUUAAUAUUCACCUAGUGCCGCACAGCCACGAUGACGUAGGAUGGGUCAAAACUAUAGAUCAAUAUUAUUAUGGAGUUCCUGUUGGCAACUAUGUAGGUGCUGUUCAAUAUAUUUAUCAAUCUGUAUUAAGCUCGCUCAAAAGAUACUCGAACAGAAGAUUUAUUUUGGUAGAAACAGCAUUUUUCUGGAAAUGGUGGCAAUUACAAGAUGAAAAAACCCGAGAAGACUUUACCGAGUUAGUCACAAGGGGUCAAAUUGAAUUUACUGGAGGUGGUUGGUCAAUGAACGAUGAGGCUGUUGUUAACUAUCAAUCGACCAUUGAUCAAAUAACUUGGGGAUUAAGGAGACUCAACGAUACAUUUGGUGAUUGUGGGAGGCCGAGAAUGGGUUGGCAAAUCGACCCUUUUGGUCAUAGUAGUGAAAUGGCUUCAAUUUUUGCCCAACUCGGUUACGAUGGAGUCGUUUUAGGAAGAAUCGAUUAUCAAGAUAAAAUCACGAGGAUCCAUAAUAAAAGCAUGGACAUGGUGUGGAGAGGUAGCAAAAGCUUGGGCGAAAAUUCUGACAUUUUCACUAGUGUGCUUUUCAAUCAUUAUGACGCCCCCGAUGGGUUUUGCUAUGAAAUGUCUUGCAAGCACGUACCACUGGUAGACGACCCUGAAAGCCCUGAAUACAAUAUUAACCAAAAAGCAAGGCAACUUUUAGCAAACUAUGUUCAUUUUGCUAUACAAGGUUACUCAACCAGCAACCUCUUAAUUCCAAUGGGUCAGGAUUUUGCUUACCAAAAUGCUGAAAUGUGGUUCAUGAAUAUGGACAAGUUAAUAAAAUACAUAAAUGGACGUGAAAUCGACGGUAAGCAAUACAACAUAAUGUAUUCGACACCAGCAUGCUACGCGUAUGCUGUUCACAACGAAACCAAAGGAAUAUUAAAUGCUAAUUUGAAAACCGACGAUUUUUUCCCGUAUGCUUCCGAUAAAAAUGCUUACUGGACUGGUUAUUACACUUCUAGGCCGCAAAUCAAACGCUUCGAGAGAAGUGCCAAUAAUUUUUUGCAAGUUUCUAAGCAGCUGUUUGCCUUAGCAGCAUUAUCUUCUGAUCACGAGCAACAGCUGAAUAGCCUUAGAGAAGCUAUGGGAGUCUUACAGCAUCAUGACGCUAUAACUGGAACAGAAAAAAUGGUGGUGGCUAAUGACUAUGAAAAAAUACUAAGUAAAGCCAUGAAUGAUUGUGAAAAUUUAACUAAUGCGGCUCUUAACUCAUUGAUCAGCAAACUGCAUCAUCCAAGAUUUGAGCACUGUCCGUUCACCAACAUAAGCCAAUGCUCUAUUUCAGAAAGUUCUAAUAAGUUCCUGGUUACAAUUUACAAUCCAUUGAGCAGAUAUGUGCAUAAAUAUGUCAGAUUACCAGUUUUGGGAACUUCGUACAAAGUUUUAGAUCCUUCAGCCCCGUGCAAACUCAAAUUGUGCCAAUUCACUCAAAAAUCCUCAAAAUACCUGGCAGAAGCAGCAAUGCCACUGUUGAACUUGUAUUUAAAGCUGAAUUCAUUCCUCCUUUGGGCUUCAAAUCAUUUUAUGUACAAAAAAAAUUAG